CCCGCUCAAAUUGUAGGCAGGCGGGCGGACUUCAUUUAUAGGUCACUCGGUGGGCGGGUUCCCCCAUGACGUCGAGAAGUGGGCGGUUCCUAUCUGUCACAGGAGUCGUGACGUCACGUUGUCAUGGAGACAGUAUUACGCCGGGAAGACGGUGAGGUAGGUGAGGAGGAGGCUCCGCUGUUGGUUGACGCGCACUCGAGGACUCGCAGUUACCGGGAGCCGAUCCAGCCCGAACCGCUAGCACUGGCCGGAAAACAACCCCGGAGUCCCGCACAUCUCUCCCGAGAGGCGGAGGAGCCGGCUGCCGCUGUGGGGAGGUGUGCGGGGCAGACAACAGGUGUCUCCUGUCUGUAUGUGACAGCAAUCCGAGUGUCACAUGAGUCAUCCGACUAAUCUCCCGGCCGAGCAGCAGAGACCUCUCCGAUAGUCCAAGUAUCAUUGACCGUCCGCCAUGACUGAAGAGUUGAACUGUAGAUUCAGCAAUCUGACCCAGGAUCAAAUCACCAUCCUCAAUCAGGUUCUGACUGAGGUCGUCCCCAUCCACGGCAGAGGGAACUUCCCAACCAUGGAGGUGAAACCCAAGGAUAUCAUCUGUGUGGUGAAGGAGCAGCUAAUAAAGAAGAAAAUCGCAAUACGAGACAUUCGCCUCAACGGCUCCACAGCCAGUCACAUCCUCAUGCGCCAGAACGGGACCAGCUGCAAGGACUUGGACAUCAUUUUUGGGGUGGAGCUUCCAGAUGAUCAGGCCUUCCAGACUGUAAAGGACAUUGUCUUAGAUUCUCUCUUAGACUUUCUUCCCAAAUGCGUCAACAAGGAGAAGAUCACUGCCCUCACCAUGAAUGAGGCGUACGUCCAGAAGAUGGUGAAGGUGUCCACUGACCACGACCGCUGGAGCUUAAUCUCACUAUCCAACAACAGUGGGAAGAACGUGGAGCUGAAGUUUGUUAACUCUCUCCGCAGGCAGUUUGAGUUCAGUGUGGACUCCUUCCAGAUCACCCUGGACUCCAUCCUGCAUGUUUACACCGAUGAGGACUGUGAACUGACCCCAGAUACCUACCCCACUGUGGUGGCCGAGAGCAUGUACGGAGAUUUCCAGGAAGCAAUGGAACAUCUCCGGUGCAAACGUAUCGCCACAAGGAACCCCGAAGAGAUCCGAGGGGGUGGCCUUCUAAAGUACAGCAACCUCUUGGUUCGGGAUUACAAGCCAACCAGUGAGACGGAAAUCAAGUCGCUGGAGCGCUACAUGUGUUCCCGGUUCUUCAUAGACUUUCCUGAUGUGACCGAACAGCAGAGGAAAAUAGAGUCCUAUCUGCGCAACCACUUCAUCGGAGAAGAGAAGAGCAAGUACGACUACCUGAUGACCCUGCGCACGGUGGUCAAUGAGAGCACCGUGUGUCUGAUGGGUCACGAGCGCAGGCAGACUCUUAAUAUGAUCACCAUCUUGGCUCUGAAAGUGCUUGGAGAACAGAACAUCAUCCCGAACACGGCAAACGUGACCUGUUUUUACCAGCCCGCCCCCUACAUGAGCGACAGGAACUUCAACAACUAUUACAUACCUCAGGGCCAGUCGGCCAUCUUCUACCCCCCCUACCAGUUUCACAUACACCUGCAGAGCGGACUGGUGUAGGAAUAAAGAUUUCCCCGAGCGCAUGUCGUCUGUUCUGCCAAAUCUCACUUCAUGGAAAACCUCAUGCAAGCUACAUCUAUAGAAUCAUUCUACAUAAAUGGCAGAGACACGCUGUACAUACAUGGCUUAUCUAGUACUGAGCAUGCUCCAGAGCUGAACUCACUCUUCUACCGCUUGUUAUCGGAGACUGGCAGCAGGCACCAUACAAGCUUAGUUCAGCUUGUAUAAUGCAGAGGACAUCUGCCGAUUUUGAUCAAGUGGGAAAUAUAGAGACUGCCCAUACUUCAGAGCUGCAUUCCCCAUUCUGCACAUUUUGAGAUAAGUGAUGUAUGUGCACAGUGGCUCUGCAGUUCAUGGCGAUGAGGUCUGUGACCUGGAGAAUGCUGACCAGGACUGGGGCUUUUUUUUUUUUUAUGAGACCGCAGGGGGCGUUCAUUCUGGGACUGCCAAUGCUGCGGUGCCCGGAGAAGCUGCUUGUACUGGGGAUUCGUGUCAUUAAUGGUUUCCUUUUGUUGUCUUUGCUGUUUUUUCAGUGUCUUAAGUGUUUUUUUGUUUUUUAUUCUUAUGUCGGGAUCUUCGUGCUGUGUGUAAUCCGGGACGGGGGCGCUGGAGUCUUCUCAUCACCUCUUAUAUCUUCUCUGAACUUUUUUUGUGGUCCACCCCAGCCAGUGCAGUGUCACUGAUCCCAAGUUCCAUCUCCAGUGCCAUCCAGAGCUGCACUCAUAAUUUUGCUGGAUUUGUCUGUUCUCAGUGCACUUGCCGAUCUCCCUGCUGGCUCAGUGUCAUUACAGAGGAUGCUUUGCUGCACGAUGGGUGAUGUAGUGAUUACAUGGGUCAGGCUGGUUCUCUCAGCAAACUGCUGACACCAACCAGCAGAAUACUGACUGCAGCUCUGGAUGUGGCUAGAGUAUAAGUGGAAGCCGCUCAGCACAAAAAGUGUAGCAGACGUCCUCAGCCAUGUGGGGAUUAUCAGUGUUGUGUGGUCUUCCUAUCAAUGAUUAUUACUGGAUGACCCUGGGUGUAACCUCCAGAGGGAGGGGCUGACUAGAUGAGCCCAGGUGUAACCUCCAGGGGGAGGGGCUGACUGGAUGGCCCCAGGUGUAACUUAUAAAGGGAGUGGCUCGCUGGACGACCCAGG